AUGACAGCAAACGUACUCCAAGCACCCUUUGAGCUUCUUCUAAAUGGCUAUGAAUACAGUGAUGGACUCGAUGCUAGUUCUCCACCAUCUUCGCCGUGCAGCCUCUAUGCGGUUGACUCUUCUCCGCCGUCCUCGCCGGCCAACUUCACACUCGAUCUUGACGCGUCGGACGAGGAAAUCCUCAAUACUGAUGCGAAAACUGAGGUCGGAGGAUCAACGAACGCGUCGCCCGCUUGUGUCCGACGCGUGGACACAAAAGGUAAGGGAAGGGACACAGCAGAACUCGAGACCUCACCCGCGCAUCCGUACGCAGCAUCAACGCGUGCAGUAAAACGUCCUCCAGAAUACGGAAAGGAUACGACGCGUCCCAAAGUGAAGCGUCACAGGGGCGAUUCGGAUCCAGAGCGGGAUGUGUUUAGCAUGCGGCAGCACGCGAGGCUCCAUGAACGCGACAGUUACAUGCAGAGUAUCAUUCCACCCAUAGGCAGAUAUCCAGACGGCAGAAGCGAACCUAUAUCUCCGGGGGUCAUAGAUGGACUCUCCAAAUCAUCUCAUGAUCCAGAGCACAUGCUUUGGGAAGAGACACUUGCGCAAGCGGUGGACUCAGCUGAGUGCAAGAUUGAUCUCAGCGGUCAGGGUUUGACAUAUAUACCGUCCAAGAUUGCCGACUUGUCAAAGCUUGUCGUCAUCCACGAUAACAUAUCUUCAGGUCGUGAAUUGGUUCCACGUCGGACUUGUUCAAAAUCGACGAAUUCAGUUGUCUUCGGGGCGGGAAAGCUUGGUCAACGUGAGGAUGAGGUCCACUUGUUCCUUGCAAGAAACAGCAUUGCGAUGUUGCCGAACGAGCUUUUCAACCUUAAUGCGCUUGUAGUGCUGAGUCUUCGCGGCAACUGUCUCACAGAAAUCCCACCUCUCAUUGGCCAACUGCAUAACCUACGGGAGCUGAACGUCGCAAACAAUAAUUUGCGCUUUUUACCUUCCGAAAUCUUGAACUUGAAACUGGAUAAACUUGCUGUUGAUCCAAAUCCGUUUGAGGAGAACCCAUACGUUGAGUCGGAACCUUGCAAGAAUCGAUGGUUCGGUCCGACUGAGCGGAAAUUUACACUUGUGCCUCUACUCGAGCUUGCGUUGCGUGUUCUUCUUGCUCCGAGUGCCGAGCUGUAUGGCCUUUGCGACCCGACUUCGAUUGUUUCUGGAACAAGGCGGCAGGAAACGAUCCUAGAGCAUUGUUAUGAUUUACCAAUUCAAUCGGACCAUUCGAUUUCCCCUGGCCUACGUGAAACAUUGUCCUCAUGCGUUCCAGGAAGUGUUGCGUCAUUGCAAUCAUCAAACGCAGCGCCGUCCAAUUCACCAGAAACACGACAAACUGAUCUUUGCACCGCACGACGUCCUUGCCUUUCGGUAUGUCCAUCUUCACAUCAUCUUGAUGUUCAAGGGGAGAAUUAUUGUAGACCGGUCUUCGUGACGCACGCUGAGGAACGACUUUCAUGGGAGAAGCGCGUAGCGGGAUGCAAAGUUGGUGGAGAAGCUGGUAUUCCUGUACGAUGGCGAGGGUGUAGUGCUGGAUGCUUGGAACGACUUGAGCAGAUGACUGCCAACGGUACUUCGUUCUCAAGCGUGGUAGGUGAAGACGACUGGUCGGUUGGUUUGGACAUUGACAGCAAAGGCAAUGCUGUUGGAAUGGAUUGGGCUCGUGUUCCUUCACUUUCUUUGAGCACUUCAUCCAAGGAAGACUUUAAAACAUUUGAUUCAGCGGAUAUUGACCUUGAUGACUGA